GACAAAUUGAACGGAUCACAAAAAUAUAGUACAUUUUUCACGACAUAGUGACAAUAUUGUCAACUUCAAAUUUGGCAAACAUGACUUCUGCUUAACUUAAUCUUACUUCUUUUUGUGUAAUGAAUUCAGCAACACCAUCCCAAGACACACAAGGCACAUUCGUGGCCGAGCUUGGACCCUCUACCUCGUCCACCCAUACCAGCAGAUACAUACCUGGUGGAAAAAUAAUAGACUGUUGCACUCUAUGCGACUACGGCAUUAUCACAGUAACUUGCGGCAUAUGCUUCAGGGAGACUCACAAAAAAUGCGCGGAAGCUUUCCUUAGAGGGACCGAUAAGAAAAUUGACGUGAAUUUGGAUUGUUGGAGAUGUCCUAGAUGUCUCACUAUGGUCCAUCUGGGAGAUCCCAGUAGCUGCGAGGAGAAAAAGGAGAAGAAAAAUAAAAGGAACAGUACCAAUCAGAAAAAACGUUGGUGUAAGUGCUGAGGAAACCCAUAGGAAUUUUUUGUAUAAUUACACGAAUAAUAUGUGGAUUUUUUUCUAAUUUUAAGUUAAAUUGUAAUGAAUAAAACUUAUGUGGAAAUUUACUUAAUUAAU